GUUUUUAGUUAACAACAAAAAUUUUUUCACUAGGUGGUUUGACAACUAGAAAAACCUGGAAUUAUCAAUGGUUUAAAAUGCAGAUUACCUAAUCACAUCUUAUACUGCAGACCAGAAAUCAAUCAAUCACAGCUUAUACUGCAGACUUAGGUCAGGAAAUCAAUCAAUGGUUUCACACUGGAAUAGCUAUAAGAUUUGGUUUGAAACAAUUUUUUAUAAUUACUUAAUGUACAAAAACCAUGUCAAUGGCAAAAUUAAAUGUAUAUUCGAAAUUGAUAUUGUUCAGAAUGGUAAAGAUAGACAAACAGUUGUAGCAGGAGAACAUCUUACAGAGUCUUUUUCUAAAUGUUUAAAAAAUCAUGUAUUGCGACCGACUAUUAAAUUAGAUGGUACAUCUUGUUAUGUUGCAAAAUUCAAUGGAAAAUCGUGGCUAUAUGCUCGGCAUGAUGUUAAACCUAAUAAGAUGGUUUCUAGAAAAUAUAAACAAUAUCAGAAAAAUUAUGGUUUAAAAAAAGAAGGUUUUGUUUGGAAUUUGGAAACAGAUUAUAAUUUUCCAAAAAACUGGAUAGCAGCACAUAAUAAUCCAUUUGAUGGGUCUAUGUGCAGCAAACCAAUCCCUGCAGAGAAUGGGCAUUUAGUUGGAUGGGUUCCUGUUGAUCCAUCAGUGAGGACCCAUUUGUGGCAUUUAAGUGCAGUGGAUCUUAUUGGUGGCUUUUUUUUAUGUUUAAAUGAAAAUGCUGAAGAUGAAUCUUUAAUUGCUCGAAUUGCACUUUUAGAUGACUAUUUAGGAGCAACAUUCGAACUGAUAGGCACAAAGGUGAAUGGGAACCCAUAUGAUAUUGGCACUUCUAACUUUCCUGUUCAUUUUUACGUUCAACAUGGCGAGUUGUCUUUAAAGAAUCCUCCUGAAAUAAGUAAAAAAGAACUUUCAAAUUGGUUUGUUCAACAAAAAGAUGGUCUUGUGGAAGGCAUAGUGUGGCAUGGACCAGAUGGAAAUAUGUUUAAAAUACAUCGCCAUCAUUUAGGUUUGCCUUGGCCAGUUAAAAAUUUGCCCUUUUCGAAUAGAACUGUUUAUAUUGACUGCAAUGGUUAUGCUUGUGCAGAAAAUGUUUUAUUGAACAAGAUAGUUAUUUACUCAGGAAAAACAUUUGAUAAAAUUAAAAAUUUAUUUAAUGAUGAACCAUAUAACUUCUCCUAAUUAUUGUUUUGAAAUGUGUUUGUUUUAUUUAUAUGGUUAUAGUUUUGGUUGUAUAUAUGAUAACGACCUGGCAGUCUCUAACCAUGUAAGAAACUUCAUUACACGAACAGUACUUCAUUGUGGAAAAAAGUGAAUGGAUUAGGUACUCAAUAUAAAAAUUAAAAUCUUUAGAAUAUAUUAAUAGAUUGAAUUGUUGUUAUUACUUUUUUUUUAUUAGUUAUUUUUUGUUAAUUAAUAAACAUAAAAAGUUAUCUGUAUUAGUUAAGUAUUUAUUUAUGUUUGGGUUUGACCAAACACAAUUGUUUUAUAUAAAAUAUUUGCAGGUAAACUAGAGAUAAAAAUCAUAUUAGAUUUUUUUUAAUUGUCAAAUUUUUGUAUUAUUUUGCUUUUUAUUUUUUUUAUUUUAAUAAUUUUGUCAAUUUAAAAUUUACUUAUGUCUUACUGAUAUGAUCAUUUCAAAGGAAUUAAGAGAGAAUUUGAGGAA